GCUUAUGCUUCGGAAUUGUACUUUAAAAGCAAGGGAGCAGACUAGUUUUAUCUUUCUGGUAGCGUGUUUUCAAAGCAAAGAAGGAGAAGGAAUAGAUGUAACGAACAAAAUUUAGGAGGUAUGGAAUGUUGUAUGUAUAAGACGUAUUCAAGACGAGAAAGAAAGGUUAUCCAAGAUUACACUUGGUGGGCUAUUUUUUUGGCCUGUAUCUCGCAAAUCUUUGAGGCCGCGACAGGGCAAAUAGGGAAAAAACCAAUCAUGUGCGACAACUUGCAGUACACAAUAGAGAAGAGCCCUCACACUUCGCGCGCGCUUGGUAAGUACAUGGCAAUGCUUCAGCCCGAUCCCGCGUCGAUUCCAGAAUAGGGGCAACGCAAGAGCGAUCCCCCGACGUACCUCCGCACAUCAAAUAAAUUGGUGU